AUGAAGAGCCUGCUCUUGACCUUCACGCUUCUGGGGCUGGUGGCUGUCCUGAAGGCCCAAGAGCUUCCAUCAGAUUACCAGGAGGAUUACUCUGGGAUCUGGUAUCCAAAGGCCGUGAUACACGAUGGCAGCCUACCCAGUCACAAGAUACCCUCGAAGGUUUUCCCUGUGAAGGUGACAGCCCUGGAAGGAGGAAAUAUGGAGACUGACGUUACAUUCUGGAAGAACGGUCAGUGCCAUGACGUUAAAAUCCUGAUGAAGAAAACUGAGGAGCCUGGCAAAUUCACCUCCUUUGACGACAAGAGGUCCAUCUAUAUCGAAGCAUUGCCAGUGAAGGGCCACUACAUCAUGUACAGUGAAGGCCGUUUCCCUGGGAAGUUGUUUGGAGUGGGAAAGCUCAUCGGGAGAACCCCUGAGGAAAACCCAGAGGCCAUGGAAGAAUUUAAGAAAUUUGUACAGCGUAAGGGUCUCAAAGAGGAAAACAUCAUUGUACGAAAGUCAAUUGGUGAGAACAGGACUGUCCAUGCCUCUCUUGUGUCCCCUAUAUCACUGCUACCUGUCUGUGCCCCAAACCAUGUCUGUCUGUGUGCUUCUGCCUCCUCUCUGUGCCUGGUCUUUUGUCCGUUGUGUGUUGUUUGA